AACUUCGUCCGCCACACGGUGUAGAGCUGCGUGUUUCUCUUCCACGACGAUCGCUUUGUCGCUUGUGUGUCAAUUGCGAGGUAACGAUCGAGCCAUCGUAAGUGUAAAUACGAAGAAGAUUUCUCUCUUUCUCUCUCGUUCGUGUGACUCGGUUUGGCGAGGUUUGAAGCGAAUUAAAGUAAGGUUAUUCGAAUCGACUUCGAGAGGAGUAAAGUAAAGUAGAAGUUGGUUUGACAAGUGUUUGCAUGUGCAACUUGGAAGAGAUAUCCGUGUAUAAAUCCACGUGGAUGGUGAGGAACCAAGAGCGUAUUUGUUGAGGAAGGUUCAAUGUGCUUGUUGAGACGAGAUUAAGAUCAAAGAGUGGGAAAAAUUGAUCGUGGACAAAGAUUUGAAAUCUUUCAAACUGGGUGACGGAAGAGGAAAACAUCGUAGAGUCAGAAUGGCAGACGAGAGUCAGCAGGAGAGUCAACCUGCGCGUAAAGAGCGGAAAAUUAUGAAUUACUUGCCAUUUUCGCUAAAAAUUUUGGAAAUCAUACUAGCUGUAUUCUCGAUCGGAUUGAUCGUGGAUCCAUUGAAUUCGUUCCAAAAAAUAUCGAUCAGACAUUUCAAGCUUGACGAUGCUGCGAUAAUUUACAUCACUAUCGCUGGUUACAUCAUAAUCAACACACUUUUCAUCAUUUGCCAAAUAUUGGGCGAUCGAAUACCGAAAAGAACGUUAGUAAUAUUUUCCUCGGUUGGGGCGCUUCUGCACAUCGUCGCUGGGAGCGUAAUUGUUUAUAAUUGGAGGAAGAUUCUCGGCCCUUAUUACAACAACAAUGAAUUCUAUCCGAGCAAGCAGUACGUGGACAUGUUCAUAUCUGGGGCCGUGUUCACGUUUGCAAACGUGGUUGUUUUUAUUUUAGAAAUUUUCUUCAUCAUCAAGUUCUCAUCUAAAAGCACAGAGUGAAAAUUUCGAAAGGACCGGAAAAAGAGGAAAAUAUUUUUUGCAAAGAUUUAUACACUUAAUGAAUAAGUUAUUAAUAAUUCAGAAAAGUAUGAGUAUCAUUUAAUGUUAAUGUAAAUUUAUCGAGAAGGAGGAGAUCGAAGAAUUAUUUGUUGUAAGGAAUAAUGAUUAAUUUUUGACGACGUUUAAUGAUUUUAGGAGUUGAGGAACAUUUUUCUAGAACGUAUAUAAAAGUGUGAAUGGUGAGUGUGUAAAAUGUAUCAUAGUUGAUAGGAGAAAUUUUAUUUUAUCGCAAUAAUAAUAAGUACUUUUGGAGAACGGUAGUUGCAAGAAAUUAUAGAAUAAAGAAGAGAAUCGAAGAACGAUGAUUUUCCACCAAAUGUGUUCUACACGAUACAUGAUUGAAAAAAUAAUAAUGAAAAAAAAAAAAAAAAAAAAGAAAACGAUGUACACC